AUGUUACUGGCCUCGGAUCAACGCGAGGACCUCUGGACGAAGAUGCCAGCCUUCACGGCGCUCAACGGCGGUGCUGGCUCACCGAGGACGGCGGAUGGCGAUGUCGGCGGCUCCAUUGAGGUGAGGCUGCCGCCAACGAGGUCUGACGAGAGAGAGUAUAGCGGGAACAGCCAGCCGCCCAACGCAACCGAGCCGAGGACAAUGCCUGACAUCACUGCCUCCACCCGCAGAGACCGCGAGAUCUGGAGUGGCCCGACUGUCGAGCAGUCGUCACGCCAACCUGCUGCUGCCUAUCCAGAUAUUGAAAACCCUGUCAAAAGCCCGCAAAAACGCAAGCGGUCCCUGUCCGUAGACGAGUCGGCGCACCGGCUGGCUUCUGCACAGCAGACCAGCUCGGACCAAUUGCAACAACAACAGCAACAACCGCAAUACGGCCCUGACACAAUGGCUAUAGCGGCCGCUGCUGUGGCAGCUCGGGGUGCGUCGAGAGACGGCGAGCUGGAUCGGCCUCACUCGACCACCGAGCAACGCGAUCCCUAUAACCUUCCACGCAGCCGGGACUACAGCGCUCGUUUGGCCGAGAACGACGAGCUGCAACGUGGACAGCGCGAUCUGCAUCAACGCGGGCAGCAGCGUGUCGAGCUCUGGUACCCUUCCUCCCAGCAGCCGUCUCGCGAGGACCGGCCUUCGGUCUCUGCCUACGAAGAUGCCCGAUACACAACUGGCGCAUCCUCUAUGCAGUCGCCUGCCGACGAUCAGCCAGGCAGCGACCCGCAUCAGCAUGACCGGUCGGCUGGACGUGAUUCCGGCUCCCCACAAAGCGAGUACGCUGGGCGCACUCCAGAUGAGGAUGACCGGCCAUCUUCUAUGCCUGCAGGCCACUCGCCCAGCCAGCAGCGCCGGGAUCCCACAACUCUCCAGCACGGCGACCCGAAGCGGAGGAAGCGGAACUUUAGCAAUCGCACCAAAACCGGCUGUCUCACAUGCCGCAAGAGGAAGAAGAAGUGUGAUGAGACCAAGCCAGAAUGCAGCAAUUGCGUUCGCGGUGGCUUCAUCUGUGCAGGAUACCCGCCGCAGAAGGGCCAAUGGGGAAAAAUCGAGCUGCCAAAGACUACUGUGCAGAUCGAGUCCAAGGAUCCCACCUACGUGCCUCCGGGGGCUUAUGGAAUGCCGCGAAUCAGCGCCCUAGACAGUCAACCAGGAGCGUACCAACAGCAGAGACGAGAGCAGCAGCCGCCUUACCGUGGUCCGACCCUGCGUAUCGAGCCGCCACAGGGUCGACCUCUGCAAUCGGACGACGACCGGACGGCAACAACCAUGCCAAGCUCCAUCGCGGCCAGUCCGGAAAACAACAAGCUGUCUGCGAUCUAUGCAGCACCAGCAGCGUUUCCAACACCCGUCAGCGCCAACACGACGGUCCCUUUCAUGGACCGGACACCCAAGGAGUACCAGCGUGUGCCUCCGCUGCAUGAUCUCAGCCGCAACGAGCCGGAAACGCCACAGCACUCGAGUCCUCUGACGCAACUGAACAUCCGGCACUCGGACAGCCCCGUCCAACAGCAACGAUCGCCACCGCAGCACCAGCUACACCACCCUUCACAGCACCCCCAGUCGGCGCCCCAACAUAACCAACAGCCUGCACAGCAAUCGGUGCAGCAGCCUCCGCUGCAGCCUGUUCAACCAUCUGUGCAGCAACCGUCGCAGCCGCCUGUUCAGCUUCUCCACCAGCACGUGCCGCAACAUCACCAACCACCUUUGCAGCAGCAGAAGCAGGCUCAUCACGUGCUGCAGCACCAACCACCGCAACACGGACAGGAACAGCACGCAGUGCACGUGCACCAGCAUCGUCCUUCAUUCCCUCACCAGUAUAAUCCCCACCACCUUACCCAACAGCAGCAGGAGCCGUCUCCGAUAGAGCAACCCCACAGGAUUCAGCACCGGCCCUACUCGCCGCCGCCUGCCAUGCAGCAGCAGGCUCCGCCAGUUGCUAACGAAGAUGGCGGCAACCACAAUACCAACGACAACAACAGAAUUGGCAGCGGCGAGACCCGGCCUCGGCCACGGCGCAAUGUGCCAUUCUUUAACACUAUCCCAGGAGCUCGGCGGGAGCGGGAUGAGAUGUACGCUGGCCGUCCAUUCUUCCCGUUCGACAAGGAGCUGGUCGCGGAGCGAGAGCGAUGCUCUGCGGCUUGCUGGAAAUUCAACAACUCAAUGAACCCGAACGUCGGCGUCUCACUGAGCGAACGCACGCGGCUGUUCAAGGAGAUUCUGCAGCCACGCGACGAACUGCAGAUGUCUCCCAUUGCCCACACCGGGUCGGUGGGCGACCAGGUGAUCGUGGAGGCGCCGUUCCACGCAGACUACGGGUACAACAUCACGAUCGGUGAAGACGUGUACAUUGGGCGGAACUGCCACAUCUCUGAUGCGAUGCCGGUGAGCAUCGGCAACCGGGUUUACAUUGGACCCAACGUGUCCUUUUACACGACGACGCUCCCGACCGACCACACGCAGCGCGAGGGCGUGCACAGCGCCAUCCACGGACGCGGCAUCACGAUUGGCGACGACGUGUUCAUUGGCGGCAACGUGACGAUCCUCGCGGGCGUGAACAUCGGGCACGGCACCACGGUGGGAGCGGGAUCGGUUGUGUCCACGGUAACUUGA